UAGAGCAGCUCAGCGCUACAGUGCUGUAGCUUACCGCAGCAGUCUUGGAGCCUUUCUGUUUUGCUGCUGCCAUGUAUAAUUUCUGUCUGAACAUUCAGAACUUGCUGCUCUUGCACUAGAAACUACUAUAUCACAAACAAGAGGCCACAAUGGUCUGAGUGAGGCCCUCGGGGCUCCACAGCUUCCGUGUGGUUGCCAUGGCGUCCACUGCUCACUGAGGCCCUCCUACACUACACUAUGGUCUAACUCCACACGGCACGAGCACCAGCGUCAUGAUGGCCUCCGUGGUCGCCAGGGGGAACCAAGCCAGCCAAUCAACAGUCCUUCAGGGGGUGGACCCUGAGACAUGCAUGAUUGUGUUCAAGAACCACUGGGCACAGGUGGUGAAGAUCCUGGAGAAGCAUGACCCCCUGCGCAGUGGUGGCAGUGGAGCUUCAGGCCUGGGGGGGCUUGGUGUUGGCAGUGGCGGCCUGGGGGGCCUGCGCUUUGGACCCAUUCCAGGCGAUGAGGCCAGCGCCGUGCAGAACUACGUGGAGCACAUGCUCUUCCUGCUGAUGGAGGAGGAGUGCGGGCAGGAGGGCGCCAUGGGCCCCAUCCUGGAGUUUGUGGUCAUGGAGAACGUGAUGGAGCGCCUGUUCCUGUGGAGCCUGCGGCGGGAGUUCACGGACGACAUGAAGCUGGAGCAGCUGAAGAUGUACGAGAUGCUGGUGGGCCAGGCGCGGCAGCCACUGCUGCACCACAAGCCCGUGCUGCGGCCGCUCAUGAUGCUGCUGUCCGCUUGCUCCUCAGACCGUGCCACGUCCUCUUCCACGCCCACCGUGGAGGCGGAGCUGGUGCUGCUGCUGCAUCAGCUGUGCUGCGUCUUGGCCAAGGAUCCAUCGGUGCUGGAGCUCUUCUUCCAUACCAGCGAGGACCAGGGUGCUGCCAACUUCCUCAUCUUCUCGCUCCUGAUUCCCUUCAUCCACCGGGAGGGGGCGGUGGGCCAGCAGGCCCGGGACGCCCUGCUGCUCAUCAUGGCCCUGUCGGCUGAGAACCACGUGGUGGCCAAGCACAUAGCGGAGAACACCUACUUCUGCCCGGUCCUGGCUACAGGUCUUAGUGGCUUGUACUCGUCGCUACCCACCAAGCUGGAGGUCCGCAGUGAUGAGUGGCACUGCCUCCACAGGGAGGACUGGCAACAGAUGCCCACACUUGUACAGUUCCUCAAUUCACUUGAAUUCUGCAAUGCUGUCAUCCAGGUGGCACAUCUUUCCAUAAGAGAUCAGCUGUUGGGGUACAUCUACAAUGGCUUUCUGGUACCUGUCAUGGCCCCAGCCCUGCACAAGUUGACCCUUGAGGAAGUGAUGACCACCACCGCCUACCUAGACCUGUUCCUGAGGAGCGUGUCUGAACCAGCCCUCCUGCAGACCUUCCUCAGCUUCAUCUUGCUCCAUCGCCAUGACAACGUACACAUCCUGGAUACUCUAGUCAGCCGCAUCAAUGUGCCUUUUCACUUGGGGACAGUUUCCUUGGCCCUCUUCCGCACUCUGAUUGGCUUGUAUUGUGAAGAUGUCAUGCUACAGCUCAUACUACGGUACCUAAUCCCGUGCAAUCACAUGAUGCUGAGCCAGCGGGCAGUCCUGCGGGAGAGGGACUGCUACUCUGUCUCAGCUGCUAAGUUCCUGUCUCUCACACCCUCCUGCUGCUCCCCAGACCUCAGCCCUCCUCCUCUUCGGCAGCUGGAUGAAGUCGUGUGGUCCAAAGCUGCAGAUGAGGAUGAUGAGGAUGACUACAAAGCUAUGGACACAGAAAAGGACUGCCCUCAGGUAGACAGCUCAGGUCCCUCCUGCGUCAUUGGCUCGGAGAUUUACAUGGACGUGAGCUACUUGCAUUACUUGUAUGAUGCCCGCAGUGGCAUCAGCAGAUGCAUCCGUGCCUGUCAGGUGUGGUCAGCACCUUACGAUGGUGAAACGCCCCCACCUGACGAGUACCAGCCGAGUACACUUGAGGAAGUGGGCAAGCCACGUGCGUCCUCUCUUUCACGAAAGCCUCCUCCACAACCCCGUCAGCCUCAGAAACCCCGUCCAGACCCCCAGAGGGACUCCCCUGCUGCCCCAAACCUGCAAGAGCUGGAGUGGGACGACAGCUACGACGCAGGCCCUGCUCAGCCCCUGCCAGAGCCAGAGGUCACGCAACCAAUGCCAGUUGAACCUCCGAAACACAUCCAGGAGCUUAGGAAAAAUGCCAUCAUGCUCAUUAAGGGGGCCUACAUUGAAGAGUCAGAUUUUCAAAAUGAUGUGAUGGUGUACAAUCUUGUGGCACAAAAGGAUGCAAGUGACCCUGUAGAACGUCCUACAAAUUUGAAAGCAUCUCUUGCGGACAAGCAAACAAAUUCAGCUGGGCAAGAAUGUCUUGACAGUGAUGGGCCUGUCAGCAAUGGCCUCACCUCCCCUUCACAUAGUGUUGAGGAGGAUGAGGGCAAAAGCAGUUUACAGACCGCUUCCAACCUGGAGGGUGAGGAACUGAUGGCCCAGUACGAGGAACUGAUCCGCACUCUGGGGGUGGAGGCCGGGAGCCCUGCAAAGGCCGAAAAGGAGAUCCAGCGUCCCGUUUCCCCCAUGGAGGAGGAGGAAGAGGAGGAGGUGGACUUCAACUCGUUUUGUCCCGAAACUCCAGAGGCUGAAAAGAUCCCCACCCCAUUUCCCACAAAGCCUCGCAGUGGGAGCAGGAUCCAUGGAAUGCCUUUCACUGGUCCCUUUGUGAGUGUUCUGCUGUCACGGCUGGAGAACAUGCUGGACAACUCUCUGCACGUGAACCUGCUGCUGACGGGCAUCCUGGCCCAGCUGGCCACCUACCCCCAGCCCAUCCUGCGCUCCUUCCUCCUCAACACCACCACCGUGCUGCAGCCCAGCGUCCGCUCCCUCUACCAGGUGCUGGCUUCUGUGAAGAAUCAGAUUGAGCAACUUGCAGUGACCCGGAAGGACUUUACUGGCCUGCUGACAACUGCUCAGCACUCCCUACUGGCCAGAGAGAGUUCUCUCUGGAGUCAAGAUUCUCACAGUCAGGAGAGUCUGGACAAGGGCAGGACAAAGCAACCGGUGGUCCAGCCCAAGACGAUCCUGCCAGCCAACCGCACUGAGGUCUAUGGUACAGUCCUGUUCACAGAGUUCCUGAAGGAGCUGGCUGCUAUUGCUCAGGAGCACACUAUCCUCUCACACCUCCCCAUGGAGGAGUAGCCGUGGCCUGCCUGCCUGCCUGACACAUCUCCAAUGUCUUAAGAACCUUUCGAUAAUGAACUUCGUAUCUUUCCCUGCACUAAUAGAUUUCAAGAUACCUCUCGUUUGGAUGGAUAAUGAACUUUUAAAUCUGUGUUUUGUUUUUACAAAAAGGUCACAUUAUUUAAAGUUUAAAGAUUUUCAUAUGAACCAAAAAAAAACAUUCCCUUUUUCUCUGGAAACAUCACAAACCCCGACCCUUAGUGGCUUAACAGUUUGUGGGCAAUCCUAUGCAAAGUGUCUUAUGUGAAAGACAGCCACAGAAGAUGUUGUAAACAGAAGAUGACCUACAUUGACGGCCAGCUCCACCCCAUCAGGGAAACUGAACACCAGUAAACAGCACUGAAACAGGAGCUGUGUAGAAGACCCAGCACAGGGGAGGGCAGUGCAGGAACCGGAGAUGACCCUGUCUGCUAGCACACCUUCUCAAAGCACCGUUGUUUUCCUAUGCCUUCACAUUGGGUGACUUGGAUCGUCGUAUGUUCUUUGCUGUGGCCUUACAGUAUAAUAAGGCUGUCUGGGCCUCGUUGGCUCAGAUGAGCUUGUGGACAACACUGCUGCCUAUAUGUGAUGCAAUGGUUUUUAAAUACAAUGGUUCUUCCCGAGUUUCAAACUUCACUUGGUUGUUUUUGGAGACUUACUGGCCAAGGUUAAUGGCAGAGGAUGCUAAUUUUUGGAGUCCAAAGUCUUUGCACGUAGUCUUACACUGAAAUGUGAUUAGUUAUUUUGCUGACAAGUUAAUUAAUGGUCCCAAUUUCUCCAUUCAGUUUGCGUGUAUAUAUCUGUCUAUCUGUGAGUAGGUCACCUAGCUGACAAUCAGAUUUGAGGAUCUCGUGGGUUUGGUUAGCAAAAGCACAAUUUAUUUUUGGUUAAACAUUAUGAUGGUACACAAGUGUUAUAGAAGGCAAUAGUUUAUCUCUACAUCAAAGGUAGAGUUCAGAGUUCAAGUCAGUAGCUGUUAUGCAUGUAGUGAAAAUCUGAAUCAAAUCUUAUCUUCCAAAACAUGGCGGAUCAGCCAAAAUCACAACGGCUCCCAUUUAUCGACACAACACACCUCCUUGGAUUUGAAUAAUUUAGCAGAUUGAUAUUUUCUCCUCAUUUCCACUUUGUUAGUUCAUGUUCACGUUACUCUACUACGUCACAAAAACAGUCACGACACUUCCAACACUUUCAUAGUGUGUACAGUCCAUUAGCACAUUUAUAUAGGCCAAUAGUUUAGUUAUAGUAGUGUAUUAGUAAUCUUUAUUGUACUCUAUGCAGUAUAAAGACAGCGACUUGUUACCUUCCUACCUAAUUACUCUGACACAUUACCCUCUUGCAACUACAAAAUAAACUCCUGCUUACAGGUGUAGGCCAUGAUACAUCCACAAUAAAAAGAAAA